AUGCUAGAUUAUAAUUUAAUGCAUAAGGCUAAUCCACUGCUAUUUGCACCAGAACGCUAUGAUCAGUAUCCUUUAAAUCACCAGGAAUUGAUGCAAUACUUGACAUCUGCCUCUUCUUCUGGUGCGACUGUUUGUCCUAGACCAGUGACUGCUACGGAUGAAUUUGAUUAUCUGCUGUAUAUGGAUGGUAGUUCUUCUAACCGUUCUUCUGCUAGUCCUGAACAUUUAACAAAUACGAUACCUUCUACUGUUAACACAGGUAUUAUGGAGUUGGAUCUUGAUAAGAAACUAGCUUGUGAAUUUGCUAUUUAUCAAACUCAUAUGAGAAAUAAACAAGAUGAUAUUAAUGGAAGAACUAAUAGUACUUAUAAAAUCAAAGAUUUCAAUGAAUUAUUACAGAUGAAAGUAGGCUCUAAUGAAUGGUUUGAUGAAAUGUUACAUCUUUUGGAAUCUAUUAAUGCUACAAAUAUAGAUCUCAGCUCUAUCAGUGACAUGGCCAUUUCUUCAAAGGAUAUUAGUGUUCGUAAAACAGUCAUUGGUGAUGGUCAGACCUCAAAUAAUACAGAAGGUUCCCUUAGAAUUGAUACAUCCGAUAUCGAUAUGCAAGAUACAAUAUCAUACAUUUUGUCGAAUGCAAUUAAGAAUGGGGUUGAUAUCAAACCACAAUUUAAAGAGCCUACAUCUGGAGUAAAAAAUCAAUCUAAUGAAAAGGAAUAUCUUCGUAAUAUCAUUGAUUCCAUGAUUGCAAUGGCUAAGAUAAACAGGGAGAAAAUUUCCAGUGUUACUGAAGACAAAGAGGCUAACGAUGGUAAAGUGAAGGAGAUGAAUACAGCAUUGAAUGAUUUACAACUGGCACAUAAUUUCUUAACGAGACAGUUCGAAAGCGAUAGAAUUGAAUAUUCAAAAGAUAUUGAAAAAUUAACUAAAACUAAUAGAGAAUUGCAGGAAAAACUAUUAAAUUAUCAUUCUAAUUUAACUAAAACAGAAAAUGAAUUACUUGAAACUCAAGAAAAAUUACAAAUGAAAGAACUAAAUCCAAUCAUCGAAGGAAACAAUACUCCCCUUCUAAAGGGCCUUGGAGAUGAUCUAGGAUUUCUAUCGCCACUAACUGUGGACCGUGAUAAUGUACGUAGUAGUCAAAGUUCUUUAGAUUCGAAAGGCGAACUUAAGAGUGAUGGUAAGGGAUCAUCAUAUUCGCUAACAUUGAUGCGUAAUGAAUUUAAGAAACUAUUAACAGAAACACAACGAAAAUACGAAACAGAACUUGCUAAAGAGAGAGAAAUGCGUAAAGAACUAGAAAAGAAACAAAUUAAAUAA